CGGCACCAUGUCCAAUUGAAACCCAAUUCUGGGGAUUUACUGGUUCCGAGUCUUGCUGAUAGUUCACUCAUCCAGCUACCCUUGGCGAGAAACGAUAUGGUCCAGAAGAGGAAUCUCCGAGAGUCGAAGGUUGAUAGAAUUAGUAACCUUCCCGCCCAUGUGAUACAACUGAUCCUCACCUCCUUGCCCAUAAAAGAAGCAGGGAGAACAAGUUUGUUGUCGAGAGAAUGGAGGCACCAUUGGAGGAAUGUCACCCGCCUUGUGUUUGAUCGUCGCUUUAAUUCAUCUUCAACAUUGAAUACGAAUGAGGUAAUCACGAGAAUUCAGGAAGCUCUGCAGGUUCAUGAUGGGCCUAUAACAGAGUUUGAGCUUUCAAUUGCUGGAUUAACACCCUAUGCUAAUAUUGAUCACUUGAUGGCUCACCUUUCCAACAAAGCCAUCUUAGAACUUUCCCUUAAGUUCCGCCCUGAAUGUUGCUACACUGAUGAGAUCAGAUGUCCCCUCUUUUUCGCUUUUCAACUGGAUAGUCUGAUACUGCGUGAAUGUCGAUUCACAGUACCAUCUUGGUUUGUGGGAUUCAACAGGCUGAUCGUUCUUGAGCUUGAAACAGUAUCUUUGCCUGAUGAUUUCUUUCGGAGUUUUCUUCUAAAAUGCCCACUGCUUGAAGAUUUGAGGGUUUCCUUCGUUGAGGGUCCUCGUAAGCUAGAAGUUGUAGGUGCACCACGUCUCAAAGUGUUUAUCCUAAGGGCAUAUGGUUUAAAAAAUAUUAGCUUCAAGUGUACGCCACUGCUUUCCGUGGUAUCAAUUCAAGUGGAAGAGAUGUUACCCUUAUCCGAGACUGACAUAUCUACAGUGGAUAUGUUCUCUGUAUUUGCUGCUCUUCCUGCACUCCAGCAUUUGAAUCUUAGCCUUGAGUGCCUCAAAAUACUUGCUGCAGGUCCUGUUCCAGGCAGGCUUUCUGAUGUUCUUCAUGGCUUGGAAGUUCUUGACAUUCGCAAGUGUUAUGAUGACUGUGAUGGUGAGUUCGAUAUAGUUCGUGAUGAUGACCAUUUGAGUCAGCUCAAGGUUCUCCUUUGUCUCAUCCGGAGUUCUCCCAACCUGUACAAAUUUAGAAUCAAUAUGGAAACUUGCAGCCUAGAAGGCUUAACUUUUGAGAGGGAAUCGGUUCAGUUGGAAUCUGAAACGGAUUGCUAUCCUGAUCCCAAAGCUGAAGAUAGCUAUUGCCCGCGUCUCUGGGAAGUCAACAUGGGGGAGGUGUAGUGGCUCCAAAUUCGAGCUGGACACAUUGAGGUUUGUGUUGGCCAACGCCCCACGACUGAACAGGAUUGUCGUUAAGCCGCCCAUCUUUCGGUCGCAGUGGGAUGAACAUUUCAUGCUCUUGGAAGAGCUUCGACAAUAUGACUGUGCAUCAGAAACAGCACGGGUCGUGUAUGAGUAAGUCUAGAGUGGUAAUGUUGAGGAUGAGACAGGCUUCACCAUGCAUUCGCUUUGCAGUUUGUCUUGAUGAUUGCAAUUUUGAUAUUCUGUGAAUGAUGCUAGGACAUUGAUCCUGGAUAGUUUAUUUCGGAGAUUAGGUCUUUCCCCAGUUAGCAAUGUAUUUGGCAGGUUCUAAUCUAGACC